CUCAUCCCAGCUGGAUACAAGUUUUCGACCGACACCUUCUCUCGAUUCGAAGCGAACCGGCUGCCCAUCCCUUCUUCUCCGCUUCGCAUCGGACACCUCUCUGCCGUCUUUUCAGUCUCGAAACUUGCUGAAGCACGCCUGCUCGCGGCUUCUAGAAACAUGUCAAGCCCCGGCUUCACAAGCCCCUUUGGAGCGAACUCGAACCCCUUUGGUUCGGGCAGACUUCACACUGGCGGUAUGCAGAAUGUCAUCGAAGAGGAAGAGAACGACACAGUCGCCUCGCCCACGGCGACGACCUUUGGGGUAGAACCGCCCCCAACCUCCCGUGCUGUCUUGUCCGGCGCCUUUGGUGGCGAUGCUGCGUCCGGCGGGCUGUCAUCUCGGCUCAGGGGGCCUCCCAACCCGGAGAGCUAUCCGGCGCAGUAUAAUUUUGCCCGCCGUACGUCGGUCUCGGCAGAAUCACUCAAGCCCGUCGCCGAUACCUACGAUAAUUGGUCGCCGCCCGUACAUCCCAAGACGCCGGAGCAGAUAGAGCGGCUGAAAAAGGCAAUUGGAGGCAAUUUCCUCUUCAGCCAUCUCGAUGACGAGCAGAGCGCUCAGAUUCUUGGAGCGCUUGUAGAGAAGCCAAUCCCCACGAAAGAUAUCAAGGUUAUUACCCAAGGUGAUGCUGGUGACUACUUCUACGUCGUUGAGAAGGGGAGCUUCAACUGCUACGUCAACCCCUCCGGCAUGCUACAGCCUGGGCCCGACGGCUUGGGCCAGAUAGUCGCCACGAUAGAGGCGGGUGGAUCGUUUGGCGAGCUGGCCCUGAUGUACAACGCGCCCCGUGCGGCAACUGUCGUGUCUACCGAGGCGAACUGCACCCUGUGGGCGCUUGACAGACUCACCUUCCGUCGUAUCCUCAUGGAAUCCACAUUCGCGCGCCGGCGCAUGUACGAGAACUUCCUCGAGGAAGUGCCCCUGCUGUCGACGCUUACCCCGUACGAGAGAUCCAAGAUUGCCGAUGCUCUCGAGAGCCAGAAGUUCCCUCCCGGUACCGUCAUCAUAAGAGAGGGCGAACCAGGGACCUCUUUCUACCUGCUGGAGGAUGGCGAGGCUGAGGCAUAUAAGAGUGGGAAUCCUCAGCCGGUGAUGCAUUACGGAAAGGGGGACUUCUUCGGCGAACUCGCGCUUCUCAACGACGCCCCCCGCGCUGCCAGUGUGGUCAGCAAGACCCAAGUCAAGGUCGCGACGCUGGGCAAGCCCGCGUUCCAGAGGCUUCUCGGUCCCGUCGAGGGCAUCAUGAGACGAACCAAGUACGAGGGCGUGAAAUCGGGGGUUGAGGAUGUAGAUCCGCUACAUGUUGCCGCAUGAACUCGAGGGAUCUGAUGAGACAUGGCCCACGGUUGGGUUGAUUAGACGCCUACCGGGGGCCGGGCUACGGGGUUUAAAUGGGAAGGUCGUGUUGCUCAUUGUUGGAUGGCGUUCACGGAUUCACACCACCUUCAUUUGCACGAAGGCAUUUCCUUGUCGAGAUUAAGAUACCUAUGGAAAAUAC